UAUUCUCAUUCUCAUUUAAAUACUCACCCAAAAACGAAACAAUGUUUCGCCUUUGCCUUACGAAUUUCUCGCUGAUUUCUCGCCGUAAUAUUGGGCUGUCGGCAGCAAGGCGCUACAAGGAUCCCAUCUAUGAGAUCUUUUUGGAUAAAGUGCGCGAAUAUCGCCUGAAGAGUCCCACUGGAAAGCCUCUCGAUGCGGGUCCAGAGUUCGAGCAGGAACUAAAUGAGACUUUGGAGCGUUUGGCAUUGAAAUUUGGUGGCGGGGAUGGCGUCGAUAUGUUGGAGUUUCCCAAAUUCAAGGAGCCUGAGGUAACACUAGAUCCAUUGUCCAUUUUUGCCAAGCCGAAAGAAGAGACAGAGAAAAGCGAGGAAUCAAAGGAAGUGAAGAAUGGAGACAAAAAGCAGGAAAAUAAGGCAAAAGAUCAGCAGAAAAGAAAGGAAACAAAGGGGAAAGAUCAGCAGAAGGCAAAGGAAGCAAAGGGGAAAGCAAAGGGACACAAAGGCCACAGCUAAAGACAAAAACUAAGGACACAAAGCCCAAAGAUGACCGGAAAAAGUAGGCGAAGGAAAAUGCCAAUUUCUUUAGUGUUAAACUUUCGUUUCUGUUAUUUUUAAUCAAAAUUUCAAUUAAAUUGUUCCACUGU